AUGAUCCCAAUCCCAAGGCCGAGGAGAGGAUCCGACUCGGUAUCGACCGCAUCCUCCUCCUCACCCCCUGGCGCGGCGGGCAUCCUUGCCCAACUCUCCGAGUCGCCAUCCAAACCCAAAGCACCGUCGCCUUACCUAUCAUACUUUCGCCCGCCACCCACCCCGCCGCGUUCCCACGACUCGGGGUUAAGUAGCCCCUCCACCGCGACCGCGUUCUCCCCGGCACCUGCUGCCCCUGCUACAUCGCGAUCACCGCCUUCUCAAAUCGCCCCGAGCCGAUCUAAUGCUGCGGAUACGCCUGUGCACGUGUUUGAUGCCAUGGCGCGAGACGUAAAGACCAGCACUAACACGGCCGAUAAAGGUGCAACCGCUACCGCUCCGUCUCUCAAGCCCAAACCAGACAUGGACCGCUCAGCCUCACCCAUACCAGAGAGGACCGUUGCGUCGGCGGGGAGUCGCAUGCCGCUCGAAUCCCCCGCUACCGCCUCGCGCCAGAGGUCGCGCAAGGAGAGAAACGACAAGCCGUGGCUCCCUACUGGGCUGGACGACGACGGCGAGAUCGAGCUGAACCACGUCGACGCGCCAUCUACCUCGGCAUCCACUUCGGCCGUGACGCUCCAAUCGGACGGGGACGAGUACGUGGCCCCUUACGCCGUCCGAGCCGGCGCCUUCCAGUCCAAGAUCAAGCCUGAGGGCGAGCGCUACGCCCUCACCUUCACGGCGUCGCUAUCGAGUGGCGCGGACCUGCCGCACUCGCGGCGGCGCCUCGAACUGGAGCUGCUUUGGGACACUGCCCAGUUGGGGAUCUGGGCGUACGUCCCUGGCGCCCAGUAUCUCCCGUCCUGGCGUCUUAGGGCGGCGGGUAAGCUCUCGGGGACAGAGAGAGAAGAGGGGUGGGUUAGGUGGGUUGCUGGAGGGAUGCCUGUUGUUGGAGAGGCUGUGCGUGAGUGGCUGUAG